UCAGUAGUUGUAGCUCGGUGCAUCAAUAUGGCGGUCUAUAUUUUUGCCGCGUUUUUCGUUGUCAUAUUAUGUUCAUUUUAUUUAUACGCACGAAAAAAGUAUAGUUACUGGUCGGAUAAAGGCGUGAAAGGACCAACACCGUUUCCUAUUGUGGGCAAUUUUGGAUCAGUGAUAUUAGUGAAAGACUCAGUUCAACAAUAUAUAAAAACAGUGCAUUUGAAAUAUGCUGGUGAAAAACUUGUUGGAGUAUACCGAGGAUUCCAGCCAAUGCUUUUGGUUAGAGAUCCAGACUUAAUUAAGCAAGUGAUGGUUAAAGACUUUCAUAAAUUCCAAGAUAGAGGGAUAAGUUCAAGCGGCAGUCGACUGAGCCAGAAUUUAUUUUCAGCAGAUGGUGAAAUGUGGAGAAUUUUGAGGCAGAAACUCACACCUGUGUUUACAUCAAGGAAACUCAAGGAGAUGGUCCCUUUAAUGCAGCAAUGUGUUGACAAGUUUGUGAAAUAUGUAGAUUAUCUGGUUGAGAACAAUAUUGAUCAUGAAAUGAGAUCGUUAGCAUCCAAAUACACAUUAGACGUUAUAGGCUCCUGUGCAUUUGGUUUAGAUUUAGAUGCAUGUUCAGAUGAAGAAAAUCAGUUCAGUAUAAUGGCUAAGAAAAUUUUUAAGCCGACGGUUUAUGUAAGAUUCCUAACUAUCUUGGACAUGUUGAUCCCAGGCGUCCGUAAACUAUUUACAACGAGUACCGAGAUCCUAGAUUUUUUUCUCGGUUUAGUCCGUAAUGUUAUAAAGGAGAGGGAGGGAACACCUCCAGUACGGAAAGAUUUUAUGGACUUGAUGAUAGAGUUAAGAGAACAAGGCAAAGUGAGCAGAAGGAAAGAAGACGGGAUAUCAGAAAUUGAAAUGGAUGACUAUCUUAUUGCUGCACAAGCUUUAGUAUUUUAUUCGGCUGGUUUCGAAACAUCUGCUGCUACAAUGUCUUUUCUAUUUUAUGAGCUAGCGUUAAAUCCGGACAUACAGGAUCGUAUUUAUCAAGAAGUGUGUAAAGUUUACGAAAAGUAUAAUGGGCAACUAACUUAUGAGUCGCUGAAAGAGAUGCCUUAUUUGGAUAUGGUGUUGGACGAGACCUUGAGGAAGCAUUCUGUUGCUGGCAUUCUUUUCCGUAAAGCGCUUGAGGAUUACACGAUCCCCGGUACUAACGUGACAAUCCCGAAAGGUACCUUGAUUAUGGUAUCGGCUAAUGGAUUGCACGCUGACCCGGAAUACUUCCCGAACCCGGAAAAAUUCAACCCGGACCGGUUUCUGCCAGAAAAUAUCAAGACUCUCAAACAAUGCACUUACUUGCCCUUCGGUGAAGGGCCCCGAAAUUGCAUAGGUAUGCGCUUUGCUAAGGUGCAAUCGUUGAUGGGCAUCGCAGCGUUUUUGAAAAAUUUCAAAAUUGAACGAUCUCCCAAGACCGAUACUCAUUUAGAAUAUGACCCAAAAGGCAUAGUGCUAUUGACAAAAGGUGGGAUUUGGGUAAAAAUAUCUAAACGAUAAGUUAUUAAAUAAAAACUCUAUUGUUUGAAUACAGUAUUAGGUAUUAGCAUUUGUGUUUCAACUGUGUUUUUGCAAAUAAAAUACUGUUUAUUUA